GUUUGGACACACCACAACAUUCGUGGGAGACAAUCGGGUGGUCCUGUUUGGUGGUGCCACAGGGGAUUCCGGUCGAUACACCAUUACUGCAGAUGCCUUCAUGCUAAAUGUGGCCAGCAAUACCUGGUCGCGUGUUCAAGCAGGAGGAACCUUGCCCUUUGCCCGGGCAGCUCAUGCGGCGGCGUGUGUAGAUCAUUCACAAAUGGUGAUCUACGGUGGCGCCACAGGGGGAGGCAGCUUGUCAUCCGACGAGCUGUACUUACUGGACAUCCGCAACGAGGAGACUUCUCAGUGGAUGUCAGUUCCCGUGAUGGGAACAACUCCUGGGCGAAGAUACGGCCACACCAUGAUCUUCAACAAGCCGCUGUUGAUUGUCUUCGGGGGUAACAAUGGCCAACAGGCGGAGUGUGACAUCUGGAUAUUGGACGUGGAGCGCUCGCCAUUCCAGUGGCAAGAGGUAACUGUUAUGGGAAAGCGUGGGCCCCUUCCGCGUGUCUACCAUUCAGCUGAGGUGUGUCGUGAUGGGCCGGCCGCUGGCAUGAUGGUCGUUUUUGGCGGCCGUACUGCUGAGAACAAGUCGCUGAAGGACACCUGGGGCUUGCGACAGCAUCGGGAUGGACGUUGGGACUGGGUGGAGGCCCCCGCCAAACGCGGCGCUCCUCCAGAACCCAGGUUUCAGCAUUCCUGCAUAUUCCUGGAUUCCAAGCUGCUGAUUGUCGGCGGGCGUGGGCCAGAGGUCAACAAGAUUCUGCCCACCGCGGUCUAUGACACUGAGACUUGCGAGUGGCAUAAUCUAUGCAGUCUCCAGAGAUUUCGACACUCCUCUUGGGGCAUGAACACGCUCCUGUUCUCAUAUGGGGGCUUUGACCACAAAAACCCGUCAGCACCGACUUCAGAUCUGCAGGUGAUGGACAUUGAAACAGCUAUUGCGGCAUCCCAAAGUGGUGUUGUCGCAAAAGGUGAGGAGGCGGAGACCACGGACGCUAGCUUUGAGGCUUCAGCAGCACCAGCUGGCACGCUGGACCUUGCGCCGCCGACCUAUCCAGGCAGAGUCGGGACACUCAAGCCACCUGCCUUUGCAAAGUGCUUGAAGUUGCCAGGCUCCAAUACAAAGCCGCGCGAGACGCGGCUGAAUGGUGUUUGGUACAACUCUGCAGCUCUCUUCGCGACAGUCAUGCAGUGCCAGGUGUACGUCAGCCAUGAGAAGGAUUUCACACAUUUGGUUGAAAAGGUUAAUAUCGAGUCCCUUGCAGAAGAAGGUCGAAAGAUCCACUCCUCCAACGUGAUGGCGAACAUCGCCAGGAAUGCUGGAGAAGAGGGAAUCCACACCCAGUGCAUUAAUGCAUUGUUGCAGCCAACAACAUGGCAGCCGGAUCAGAACCCAAACAGCUUCCUGUUGAGCGCCGCAGAGGUAAGUCGGUUAUGCGACCUAACCUUAGAGGUGCUGAAGUCCCAGGAAAUGGUUCUACGAUUGCGGGCUCCCAUCAAGGUCUAUGGCGACAUCCAUGGGCAAUACUUAGACCUCAUGCGGCUGUUUGCUAGGUAUAAGGCGCCCUGGGAUGGUGAGAAUGGUGACAUUGACUCAAUGGAUUACCUCUUCCUCGGUGAUUUCGUGGACCGUGGGGCCUUCUCGCUGGAGACCGUUUGUCUUCUCUUCUCGCUGAAGGUGAAGUAUCCCAACCAGAUACAUCUGAUCCGGGGAAAUCAUGAGGACCCAACGAUCAAUGCUAUCUACGGCUUCCGAGACGAGUGCCGGCGCCGUCUAAACGAGGAGCCUGAGGAUCCGGAGUCCUGCUGGAACAAAUUCAACAGAGCUUUUGAAUGGCUUCCGGUUGGCGCCGUGAUUGAAGAGCGGAUACUUUGCCUUCAUGGAGGCAUCGGAGGCUCCGUGAACAAUAUAGCAGAAGUUCGCACUAUGCAGAGGCCGCUGCAUGUGGCCCAGAUCCCUCAGACACCCUUCGAGCAACGGAUCACUGACUUGCUGUGGAGCGACCCCUCCGACAAUGAUUCCAUCCCGGGAGUGUCUCUCAAUGAGACUCGCGACCCUGAUGGAACUGGUCGCAUCGUGAAGUUUGGUCCAGACAGAGUAGAGGAGUUUCUGGAAAAGAACAAGCCCCUUUCGAUGAUUAUCCGCGCACACGAGUGCGUCAUGGACGGCUUUGAGCGCUUUGCGAACGGCCGCCUGAUCACCGUGUUUAGCGCGACGGAUUACUGCGGGCACCACAAGAAUGCGGGCGCGCUCCUUUUUGUGCGGCGCGAUCUCACCAUUGUGCCAAAGUUGAUAUAUCCCGUUGAGCGCACCACGACAAUGUGGGAUCCAAUGGUCAUGCAGCAGAGACCUCCCACGCCUCCACGACCAGUCGGCUGCUAA